AUGGAGGACACGGCCCGCGCCGAGGACGAGGAGCACUUUGAGGAUGCCUACGACCGAAUUCCCACUGCAUGUGACAUGGACCUGCAGUCUGCCAUCCAGGAAACUCAAUGUGCCCUCAGCUUAGUCCUUAACAACAAGUUCUCUGAAGCCCUGGACCUUCUUAAGCCAUUGUGGCGGGACAGUAUGUACCACGCGUUGGGUUACAGCAGCAUCUUGGUGAUGCAGGCGGCUAUGACCUUCGAGCAGGGGGACAUCCAGAUCGCCAUGGCGACCAUCAAGGAAGCCCUACACACCUGUCAGAGGUUUCGCAAGAAGAACUCAGUGGUGGGAUCGCUUUCCAGCCUGAUCAGCAGGCAAUCCAACCUCCAGGAAGAGGAGAUGCACGCCGAGCUGUGCUACGCCGAGUGUUUGCUGCAGAAAGCCACGUUGACUUUUGUGCAGGACGAAAACAUGAUCAGCUUCAUCAAAGGAGGCAUCAAAAUCAGAAGCAGCUAUCAAAUCUACAAGGAUUGUCACAAUGUGCUGAACGCCAGCGGUGAACCCAAGGGGAAAUCCGACUCGCACCGGCAGUUUGAGGGCGGAGUCAAGUUGGGCAUGGGCUCCUUCAACUUGAUGCUGUCCCUCCUCCCGCAGCGGAUCCUUCGACUGUUAGAGUUCAUAGGUUUCUCCGGAAACAGGGAGUUUGGCUUAUCCCAGUUGCGCGAGGGAACGUCCGGUUCCACUUUGCGCUCCAUCUUGUGCACGUUGACGUUGCUCUUCUACCACACUUACGUCUCCCUCGUGCUAGGAAGCGGCGAGGGCAACUUGGCAGAAGCCGAAGCGCUGCUGGAGCCUUACAUUCACAAGUAUCCUAAAGGCGCCAUCAUUCAGUUCUACACGGCCCGGAUAGCCGCGCUGCGGGGACACUUUGAGAAGGCCUGCUCGGGAUACCAGGACUGCGUAAGCAGCCAGCAGGAGUGGAAGCAGAUCCACCACUUGUGUUACUGGGAACUCAUGUGGACACACUCGUACCAGCAAGAUUGGCCGCAGGCGUACCGCUACGCUGACCUGCUGUGUCGGGAAAGCCGCUGGUCUAAGGCCAUUUACGUGUAUCAGAAGGCCGCUAUCCUCAGUAUGAUGUCGGUGGAAGAUGCGGAGAAGACUGGGGAGGACUUGGUGGAGCUCUUCCGGCAGGUGGAGGGACUCAAGCAGCGGCUAGCCGGGAAGUCCAUCCCUUUGGAGAAGUUCGCGGUUAGGAAAUCUCGGCGCUACAAAGCUAGCAGUCCUGUGCCGUUGGUGCUUCCCGUUCUGGAAAUGAUGUACAUUUGGAGUGGUUUCACCAUCGUAGCCAAGAGAGCCGACUGCACCGAGGCGCUGCUGGUCACCAUCGAGGCUGCUGAAGAGCGACUUGCCGGCGAGGCUCAACCUUCCGAGUUCCACGUAGACGACUGCUGCCUGGUGCAGAUGUUAAAGGGUCUCUGCCUCAAGCACGCUGGGCGACUCCUACAGGCAGAGCUCUGCUUCACCCACGUGCUUUCCAGUGAAAAUCGCAUCCGUUACGAUCACUACCUGGUUCCAUUCACACUCUACGAGCUUGCUCUACUCUACCGACAGCAGGGCGACUGCACCAAGGCUGCUGCCUUCAUGGAAAACGCCAAGAGCAACUACAAGGACUACUCCAUGGAGUCCAGACUGCACUUUCGCAUUCACUCAGCCCUCAACAACCUCGAAAGUUCAGCCGACGCCAGCGCUUCAAAUGUUUGA